CCCCUACCCCCACCCCGGGGCUCCAGCUCCCCAUCUGUAAAUGGGGGGAGGGGUGUCAGGCCUGGGACAUCUUCCAGGGCCCACCAGCUCCAGAGGUGCCAGGUCCUGGGGAUGACUAAGCAUGCCUGGUGGCCAGCCAGGCAGAGCCGAGAUCUGGGAAGCGAGCUGCCCGUGUGUGCGAGCUGCGGCCAGAGCAUCUGUGACGACCAGUACCUCCAGGCCCUGAGCGCGGACUGGCAUUCGGACUGCUUCAGGUGCUGUGAAUGCAGUGCCUCCCUUUCGCACCAGUACUACGAGAAGGAUGGGCAGCUGUUCUGCAAGAAAGACUACUGGGCCCGCUACGGCGAAUCCUGCCACGGGUGCUCCGAGCACAUCACCAAGGGGCUGGUCAUGGUGGCCGGGGAGCUGAAGUAUCACCCCGAGUGCUUCAUCUGUCGGACGUGUGGGACCUUCAUCGGCGACGGGGACACCUACACGCUGGUGGAGCACUCCAAGCUGUACUGCGGGCACUGCUACUACCAGAACGUGGUGACCCCCGUCAUUGAACACAUCCUGCCCGACUCCCCCGGCUCCCACCUGCCCCAUACGGUCACGCUUGUGUCCAUCCCGGCCUCGGCGCAUGGCAAACGUGGCCUCUCGGUGUCCAUCGACCCCCCUCUCGGCCCACCGGGCUGCGGCACGGAGCACUCCCACACCGUGCGCGUCCAGGGACUGGACCCAGGCUGCAUGAGCCCAGAUGUGAAGAACUCCAUCCACGUGGGAGACCGGAUCCUGGAGAUCAAUGGCACUCCCAUCCGGAAUGUGCCCCUGGAUGAGAUUGACCUGUUGAUCCAGGAAACCAGCCGCCUGCUUCAGCUGACGCUCGAACAUGACCCCCACGACUCGCUGGGCCACGGGCUGGGGCCUGAGCCCAGCCCCUUGGGCUCCCCAGCUGCACACACUCCCGGCGGGGAGGCGGGCAGCUCCCCCCGGCAGAAACCCGUGCUGAGGAGCUGCAGCAUCGACAGGUCCCCGGGGGCCGGCUCACUGGGCUCGCCUGCCUCCCAGCACAGGGACCUGGGCCGCUCGGAGUCCCUGCGUGCGGUCUGCCGGCCGCACCGCAUCUUCCGGCCGUCCGACCUCAUCCACGGCGAGGUGCUGGGUAAAGGCUGCUUCGGCCAGGCCAUCAAGGUGACACACCGGGAGACGGGCGAGGUGAUGGUGAUGAAGGAGUUGAUCCGCUUCGACGAGGACACCCAGAGGACGUUCCUCAAGGAGGUCAAGGUUAUGCGCUGCCUGGAGCACCCCAACGUGCUCAAGUUCAUCGGGGUGCUGUACAAGGACAAGAGGCUCAACUUCAUCACGGAGUACAUCAAGGGCGGCACCCUGCGGGCCCUCAUCAAGAGCAUGGACAGCCAGUACCCGUGGAGUCAGAGGGUCAGCUUCGCCAAGGACAUCGCAUCAGGGAUGGCCUACCUGCACUCCAUGAAUAUCAUCCACCGGGACCUCAACUCGCACAACUGCCUGGUCCGAGAGAACAAGAACGUGGUGGUGGCCGACUUCGGGCUGGCACGGCUCAUGGUGGAUGAGAAGAAUCAGGCCGAGGACCUGCGCAGCCUCAAGAAGCCGGACCGCAAGAAGCGCUACACCGUGGUGGGCAACCCGUACUGGAUGGCGCCCGAGAUGAUCAAUGGCCGCAGCUACGACGAGAAAGUAGACGUGUUUUCCUUUGGGAUCGUCCUGUGUGAGAUCAUCGGGCGCGUGAACGCGGACCCCGACUACCUGCCCCGCACCAUGGACUUCGGCCUCAACGUGCGAGGCUUCCUAGACCGCUACUGCCCCCCGAACUGCCCCCCGAGCUUCUUCCCCAUCACUGUGCGCUGCUGCGACCUGGACCCCGAGAAGAGGCCCUCCUUCACGAAGCUGGAACAGUGGCUGGAGACCCUGCACAUGCACUUGGCGGGCCACCUGCCCCUGGGCGCGCAGCUGGAGCAGCUGGACAGGGGAUUCUGGGAAACGUACCGGCGCGGCGAGAGCGGACUGCCUGCCCACCCUGAGGUCCCUGACUGAGCCCGGCCCACCCAGCUGCCCCUGCCCCCGCCGCCAGGCAGUCCGCCCACCCCAGAUCUCUCCGAGGAGGCGGCCCCGUGUGCAGCUCCCCUCUGCCCCGAGCCAGGCCCUGCCCUGCCUUCUCCCUGCCAGCCACAGACCUCACGCCCGCCUGCCCCUGCCCCGCCCCGCCUUACCUCUGCCUUGGUGGGGCCGCCCUCGCUUCUCCCUGCAUGGGCCGGGGGUCGUCCUGGCCUAACUGCGCGCUGCGCCCGACCCAGCUCCUCCGAGGCUGGGCUGGGAGGAGAGGCCUGCGUAUCGCGGUGGGUGGCCUCCUCCGCAGCAGGGAGGGGUCUGGGGGCGAAACGGGAACGCCCCCUGGCCAGGCAGCACUCCCACCCCACCCCCUCCUGCUUUGGGCCUUUUUCGUUUCUGUAUCAAAGCCACUUUCGUGGGAAGCAGGUACCAGGCCUCAGGGUGAAGCGGGGUCCCUGGAGGGAGGUGGGGGGCGCGGGAGGGAGCGGCCAGGCCCUGGGGGCGGGGCUUGUCCACCAGCAGCCCCGCCCCUGAGGUUCAUCCCCCGGAGGCCCCUACCCCUCUCCCCGCGCGGCCCUGUCCUCUGGGUUCUUUCUGUGUAAUCUAUUUUUUAAGAAGAGUUUGUAUUAUUUUUUCAUAACGGCUGCAGCAGCAGCAGCUGCCGGGGGCUUAGGGGGUUUAUUUUUUUUCCGGCGGGAGGGCCAUUUUGUCACUUUGCCUCAGUUGAGCGUCUCGGAAGUAUUAAAACUGUGAAGCCUUCUCCGUGCACUUUGAGCCUGGAGAACAGUCCGGACAGGCCCCCCCGGGGGACGCUCGCUUCCAUCCGGGAACCAUGCCGUCCAAGAACAAAACCCAGGCUGGGAACAGCGAAAUAAAUUCUGUGCUCCCCA